AUGUUCUGGGCGGCCGGAAGUUGUCUGGAAGUCGGGUUGGCUGUAGCCGUCCUGCCUACCCUGGGAUGGAGAUGGUUGCUCGUCUUCACUGCAAUUCCCUCUCUGAUUGUGGCCAUAUGCUGUAAGUGGAUGCCAGAGAGUGUUCGGUACCAUGUAGCUAGCGGACAGUUGGAGAAGGCACGAGAGACACUUCAGAGGAUUGCGCGAGAAAACAAGUCAUCCUUGCCCCCGGGAAAACUCGUGGCUCCCGUCAUCACGGAAAAACGUGGCCAAUUCAGAGACUUGUUCUCCAGGGAGUUUCGACUGACGACUGUUCUUCUGUGGUUUAUAUGGACAGCAGUCUUGAUUUGUUACUACGGCAUCGCGCUGAUGGCAACAGAGUUAUUUCAAGCAGACGGAAACUUUUGCGAGGCCAGUCUGGAUCAGAGUCAGGUCUCCUGCUACGCUGCCUGCAAAAAGCUCUCAGACGAAGCCUACCAGGACAUAUUCAUCACAGCACUAGCUGAACUACCAGGCACAUUGCUGGUGAUGCUGAUCAUGACCUGUCUGCCCAGAAAACCCACCAUGGCCGUGGCGUUCGCAGGAUUUUCUAUUUUUACUUUUCUGCUUCUGACGUGUGCGGGAAGCUCGAGCCUUUAUUUCUGGAGCGCCCAGCUGCCUUAUGUCUACACACCGGAG